AUGGAGAGCCUAGGUAACAAGACAUCCACAUUUCCAACUUUCUUGCUGACUGGGAUUCCUGGCUUAGAGUCUGCCCAAGUCUGGAUCUCCAUUCCCUUCUGUUGUCUUUAUGCUUUUGCUAUCUUGGGGAACAGCAUGAUCCUGUUUGUCAUCAUUACCCAGUCAAGCCUCCAUGAGCCCAUGUACUAUUUCCUCUCCAUGCUGUCAUCCACAGAUUUGAGCUUAACAGUAACUACAAUGCCAACAACUUUAACUGUUUUCUGGUUUAAUGCAAGAGAAAUCAGUCUUGAUUCUUGCCUCAGUCAAUUGUUUUUCCUCCACGGAUUUGUUGGCAUGGAAUCUGGUGUACUAAUGGCCAUGGCUUUUGACCGCUAUGUGGCUAUCUGUAACCCUCUGAGAUACACUACAAUUCUCACCAAUUCCAGAAUCAUUCAGCUGGUUCUAAUAAUAACUAUACGUGUUGUGCUAAUAAUGAUUACAGUACUCGUGCUCCUUAGACGUCUCUCUUUCUGUAAAGAAAAUAUUCUUUCCCACUCCUACUGCUAUCAUCCAGAUAUCAUUAAAUUGGCAUGUUCAGAUACUAGGGUCAACAGCAUCGCUGGGUUAAUUGGUCUUGUCCUGACAACAGGGAUAGAUACACCAAGUAUUGUUGUCUCUUAUAUAUUGAUCAUUCGCUCUGUUCUCAGUAUUGCCUCCCCUGAAGAGCGGCACAAGGCCUUUAGCACCUGUGUUUCCCACAUCGGAGCAGUUGCUAUUUUCUACAUUCCCUUUGUAAGCCUGUCCUUAGUACAUCGCUAUGGUCACUCAGCUCCCAAAGUGCUUCAUUCAAUGAUGGCCAAUAUGUAUCUGAUUUUGCCCCCUGUACUCAACCCCAUUAUCUAUAGUGUAAAAACAAAACAGAUUCGCAAAUCUAUACUCAACCUUCUUACAAAAACAUAG